AUGGGAGGGGAGAGCGAGAGUGGGAAGUUUAAUAUGUACUUAACUGCUACACAGCCAGAUGUUUGUAGUACAACAUACUAUGGUGUGUUCUACAAAAAUGGAGAAGAUGAGGAACUAACAGCCUACACGGACAGCGAGUAUGCCGGGGAUUUAGAGGAUAGGAAGAGCACAUCAGGUUAUGUUUUUAAAAUGAGUUCAGGGACUAUGUCGGGAUCUUCAAGGAAGCAGCCAGUGGUGACUUUAUCCACAACCGAAGCUGAAUUCAUUGCAGCAGCUUCUUGUGCUUGUCAAGCAAUAUGGCUAAGAGGAAUUCUGGAAAAGCUCAGACAUAUUCAAAUACCUAGAUUGAGUUUUCCAGCCCUCAGAUGCCCUCGGUGUUACUGA